AAUGUAAGAUAUCCUCUUGUGAAAAACAGGGAGUGUGACUGCAUUAACAGAUGAGGCUUAAUCGUGUAGACUUGUACAGUAAUGCCUGGGAGUCACUGCAAAUGCAUUUGUGACCAAAGUGAGUGUAGUCAAAGGAGGGGAAGGAGGGAUGUGGCGGUGCUUUAGGCAUCCAAGAAGAGUAUUUGAUAUAGUGGGAGAGAGAUUGACGGAAGAGGAGAGUGAAGGGUUAAGUGCUUGUAAGUGUGCCGGGCAUCAAACGGAAACUGUCCAAGUGCUAGACAGAACGCCAGGGAGAGAGAUGCUGGAAGGGGAUGUAAAAGGGCGAGGCAUCCGCAUAAGUGUGUAUGAACAGAGGGAUGUGAUCUGCAACCAUGCUGAGUCCCAAGACAAAACAGGUUCGCCAGGCACGUUCUAAGAGCAUGGUCUUUGGAGAGUUGUCUCGGGUCUCCAGGCCUUGCUCCCCUCUUGACCAGGAGAAGGUGCUGAAAGCAGGCUGGCUGAAGAGACAACGUAUUAUCAUGAAAAACUGGCAACUACGAUGGUUUGUCCUCAAGGCUGAAGCUUUGUAUUUCUACAAAGACCAGGAUGAGACCAGGGAACAGGGUUACAUUCCUCUCAAGGGCAGCCAAGUCAAUGAGCUUCCCACCAAUCGGGAUGAGUCAGGUCGUCAUUUAUUUGAAAUUGUUCCAGGGGGUGCUGCAGAACGCGAUCGGAACCAUGAAUCGUUCCUGCUGAUGGCUAACUCUGAAAGUGACGCAGAAGAAUGGGUCAGAGCUAUACACAGAGCAAUAUGGGCCCCACUUGGAGGAGGUAUCUUCGGGCAGCACUUAGAGGAGACUAUGCUUAAUGAGGGACAAUGUGGCCCCCAGCGAAGGGUGCCUGCACUGGUUGAACGGUGUGCGUGUUUCAUACGGGACCAUGGCCUUAAAGAGGAAGGCCUUUUCAGGACCCCUGGACAGACCACUCAUGUUCGAGAACUGCAGGAUGCGUUUGACCGUGGUGAGAAUCUGUUGUUUGCCAGUGCCACCAAUGUUCACACAGUGGCGUCACUCCUGAAACUGUAUUUACGGGAACUACCUGAGCCUGUAAUCCCUUUCACCAAGUAUGCACAAUUUCUCUCUUGUGCCCUGCUACUAACCAAGGACAGAGAAAUGGGUAUCAUAGAGCUUGGCAAGCAGGUGAAAUCUCUUCCAAAGGUCAACUAUAACCUCCUUGAAUACAUCUGUAGGUUUCUGGAUGAAGUCCAGUCCUACUCUGAUGCGAAUAAGAUGAGCGUUCAGAACCUCGCCACUGUGUUUGGACCCAACGUGCUUCGGCCCAGAGUGGAGGAUCCGAUUACCAUGAUGGAGGGGAGUUCUCAGGUACAACACCUGAUGACUGUGCUGAUCAGUGAACACGCCAGACUUUACCAGCUCGAAAACCUUAAUACUGUAAGCGAGAAUCCUUCGCCGCGUCAAAACCAUUCUCUCCAUAAGGGCAAAGUGGAAUGGCUUAAACAAGAGGCCGCCGAACCCCGAGCGGACUCUGGCACAGGUGCUGAAAUACCUCAGGAAACGCCUCAACCUUCUACCCCACCUAAGGACAAUAAGCUGACACCAACCAUCGCUCACUCUGAGAAGGAUGAAGGUGUUCUAGUGAAUAGUAAGGCAGAGGAGAAUGAAGAUGGUCAAACAAAUUGUAAAAAAGAGGGGCGAGCUAGUCCCACAAAGCAGCCCAGGGUCCUCUCUGCUUGGAGGUGUUCUUUUAAGGGCAGUUCUGUGGGGUCAAGGGGAAACAUUGGGGGAUCAGCAGGGGAUGUGUCUGCAGGUGGUAGUAACUGGCUGAUGAAUGGCCUGUCAUCCCUCCGAGCUCACAGACGCACUGCCUCAUCUGGUGAAAAACUAAAAGACUCAGCUACGUCGCUGAAGGAUUCAACCCUCUCCCUUAAAGAGACAACAGCAUCACUCAGGGACUUGCAAAGUGAGCCAGAUAAGGACGCCUCUCGAACGCCGCCCUCUCAGAGAGCCUUCCACCAGUCGCACAGACUGUCCGCCUAUGACAAUGUCGCUCAUUCCACACUAAGCUUGCCUGUUCAAACCUCCUCCAUCUGGACUGCUUUUGAUAUCUCAUUGGCUGAGCCAGAAGACCAAAGAAGACCACUGAGCGAUGAUACAACUGCUGUAGAUCAUGAUCAAAGUUGCGCUGGUGAUGAUGCGCUAGCAAACAUAGCAGUAGAGUUACAACAAGAGCUGAAGACACAGAGGGUGAGCUUUGAAUGCAGCAUUCGCAAGUUGGAGGAGACCUGCCGUAAGCACCAGGCCCAAGUAAACAUUCUUGAGGAGGAGCUCGACCACGAGAGAAAGCUGUACCACAUGUUGGAGAUCCGAUUCAGGAACUCAGAGCGCGCACGCCAAGAUGCAGAGAACCGAAACGUUCUCCUCCAGAGGGAGAUGGAAGACUUCCUCAAAACUUUAGAAGACCUGACAACAAAGUCCAGCUAGACCAGACAACUUUGACAUCAUCUGGUCUUAGCCAAGGCUUUGAAAACCAAAUAUACUGUACAGCAGCAGCAGAAUUUCCCAAUCCAUAUUGAGUCAGCUCACAUAUUUUACAUGAGCGAAAUCUCACAUUACCAAAAAGUAUGCAAUAUACUGAAAUAAUGAGGAUCUCGUUGCUACUUGUUCAAUAUGAAAUCUGAGCCUGUUUAGUUGAACACAAAGCUAUCAUUCUAUUGUAUGAAUGCAACAGCUGGAUAUACAGGUUAACUGUACCUUCUGCCAUCAAGUGCAUUGUUCUGCCUGUCAGUAUAUGUCACUGGCAUAUAUAGAUGAACAAAGAUAUGAUUUGUUGUAAAUAAAUUGCUUUUUGACCAAUUCAGUGAAAUUGGAUAUGUGAUUGGGAAUCACUGUUGUACAGUAUUGUGCAAAAGCCUCUGACCACCACAUUUGAUGUUUUUGCAAUGCUGCAAUUACUAUAAGGUGAAUGCCACUCCAUACAGUGUAGCCCUGUGCCAAGGCCAAACAAUUUGGAGAGCCAAGUUAGUUAUGAGGCUACUUUUUGUUUAUGGCAGAUAACAGCCAGGCGGUGCUAUUAUAAAGGCGGGUGGUUAAUGGUUCCAUUGAUGCCAAAGUGCCAUAUUUGCACUUUUAUCCUGAUGUUUACCAAAAUGUUAUAGGUUCAUUCUUGCCCCAUACACUACCUGUUUAUGUGGAACUCGUUUUUUUGUGUGCAAUCCUUUCAAUUGGAUCCAUCCUUCUAUUUACUGUGAAAACAAAGCUAUGGGUGGCCUUAUUGAGUAAAAUAUUAUAGUAUUGUCAUGGCACUUUUCCCUCAACUGAACAAUUAUAUUAGGGUGCCAAAAAUGUAUCUCCUCUGUGUUGUUCAAUUAUUUUUGUGUCUUGUUGUGUAACACGUUCUUACCUAUUGGGAAAGCACACUAAAGACCAUAAAAAUAAGCUUUAUUAAUAAUAGGCGUUCUUAAGCAUUCACACCCAAUCAUCAAUUUUCUAUACCGCUUAUCCAAAUUAGUGUCACAGGUGAGCUGGAGCCUAUCCCAGUUGACUUUGGGCGAUAGGCAAAGUACACCAUGGACUGGUCGCCGGCCAAUCGCAAGGCAUAU